AGAAGAAUAACAACAACAUUCUUCUCUUUUCCAUGGAGCCAAAGUAGAAGACCGUGAGGAGGAGGGGUCUGGGUCUUCAUUCACAGCCCAGUCCUUCAACCCCCCAUUUUCCUUUUCUCUUCUACGAAAAACAAAGGGAAAUUCUGCCACUGUGCCGUUUAGCGAUUCCUCCCUUUCUCUUUCCUACAUUUUGGAUCUGCAAAUUGCUCAGACACCGUUGAUCAUCACGAAAAAGAAGCACAACACAAAAUGGACGAUCAGACGAUUCCAAGCUUGAAUCUUUGCAAUAAACAGUCUUUGACAUGUUUUGGAGAAAAUGAUGUCAUGGUCGAGAUACUGACUCGGCUGCCCAUAAAGUCUAUAUUGAAAGCCAAGUGUGUCUGUAAGUCCUGGUAUCGUCUUCUCUCUGACCCCAUCUUCAUCUCUGAUUAUUCUCGUCAAAAUCCACACCUGCGUGUCUCUGGAUUCUACUUGCAGAAGUUCUUGUUUCUUGAGCUAUUUUCAGAAUUAAGGUUCAUUGUAUUUGAUGGGCAAAUUGAUAUCGCUCCCGAGCCAUCUCUUUCUUUCAUAGAGGAUGAGGAAGGAGUCUGUAUUCGACAUUCAUGUAAUGGCCUCCUAAUCUGCUGCAGCUUCCGUUGCCAUGAAGAAGAUCGCAUAUAUUACAUUUGUAUGCCCACCACCAAGCAAUAUUUCUCCCUUCCCAGACUGGAUUGUAGAACUGUCUUCGGCAUUAACAUUGCAUUCGACCCUAGCAAGUCUCCCCAUUUCCAUGUUAUUUGCAUUUGUGACUCUGAAAUCUCAGAUCAUCAUCGCCACAUUAAGCUAUACUCUAGAGACAGAGAGUCAUGGAGAAUUUCAGGCAAUCCUUUCAUUGCGGCAGAUGAUAUGCUUUUUAACCGAGGUGUUUUUUGGAAUGGUUCGUUGCAUUGGGUUGGUAGGGGAGAUUUAUCACUUCGUUUUGAUGUUGAACGAGAGCUUUUGCACGAGAUGCCAAUGCCCUCAAUUCAUGAGGGAUGGGUGGAAAGGAGACUGGGGUAUUUUGGUGAAUCGGGAGGCCACCUAUAUUUGAUCGAGAUUUAUGGUCCUCAUACAACUGUGUUUGAUGUGAUGGAGAUGAAGAGAGACUACUCUGGUUGGUUUGUUAAGUAUCAUGUCAAUCUUAAUGCAAUGGCAGUAAAAUAUCCGGGGAUGGUAAGGGAACACGUUCAGCAAAUUCACCGUUUUAUCUUCUCAAUUUUGCAUCUUAUACACCGACGUGGAGAAGGAGAAGGAGAAGGAGAAGAAGAAGAAGAAGACGAAGAGUCAUUUAUGGUGCUUCACAUUCCAGGCAUGUUCAUCUCAUACAACCUUGUGAGUGGGACAUUCAUGGAGCUACAAGACACAUCAGGCCAUCAUAGGCCCUUGAACAAAUGUCUGGGAUUAGAGUAUACAUGGGAGGGAGUCCAUCCCUACUCCAACACACACUGUUAUAUAUAACCACACACAAACACAGUCAUAUAUAAACACACACAAACACACUGAUGCAUUUGUACGUAUUUACAUUACCAGACAGUGAUUUUUUUCUCGUUUCUCGAUAGACGGAGGAGGUUCAAUGUCCCUUCUCCAGUUCUCGCACCUAAUCAAUUUAUAUGUGAAACAGUAAAAGGCCUAGUAAACAUUAUGUUGUAAUAAAUGCAAG